UGUAUGUUAUUUAACACUGAAUUUCUGGUGUGGGAGGGGUUGGGAGGUUGGGGUUGGCAAUGUGACUGCACAUGCUGGGAAAGGGUACACGAUCCCAAACGCUGAGCCGACCAAACCGCAGGCCACGUUACGGAUCGGUUUACACUGGAAGGUCGUCCUCAUUUCUGCACAGGGUCGGCUCUGCCUGAAGUUUCUCCUCUCAAACACCAGGUGGAGCAACUGGCCGAAUGCCGCCACAAAGCUGGCAGGCGGCGCUAUUGCGCCUGGGCCGACCCUCAACGUUGCAAUCACUCUAUCCUUGGCAGAGCGUCUCGUUGGUCCGGGCCGCGCAUGCGCUGAGCCUCCCUUUUGCUCUUCCCGCCCCCCUCGACCCUCCCCCCGCCCUCUCUGUCUCCUCGGCCCUGGGAGCAGCUCUCCUGCCACAGCCCCUCAUUCCCUGAAAAUGUACGCCUGUGCAAAGUUCGUCUCCACCCCGUUCUUGGUGAGUGCCUGCCUUUCUGGAACAGUCAGGAGCACCUCUCAGCUGUUGAGCCGAUCACUGUCUGCAGUGGUGCUAAAACCACCCGAGACACUGACAGAUGAGGCACCUUAUAAGGGCCUCAGCAUCUUGGCAGCCCCACGUCCCCUGACCUCACUUAUUCCCAGCCGAAGCUUCCAAACCAGCGCCAUUUCAAGGGACAUCGAUACAGCAGCCAAGUUCAUUGGGGCUGGGGCUGCCACGGUAGGGGUGGCUGGUUCUGGGGCUGGAAUUGGGACUGUGUUUGGGAGCCUCAUCAUUGGUUAUGCCAGGAAUCCCUCUCUGAAGCAACAGCUCUUCUCCUACGCCAUUCUGGGCUUUGCCCUCUCGGAGGCCAUGGGGCUCUUUUGCCUGAUGGUGGCCUUUCUCAUCCUCUUCGCCAUGUGAAGGAGCCGUCUCCACCUCCCAUAGGUCUUUCUCCCGUGUCUCGUCUGCCCUGUAUAAUCCUUUUCCUAUACCUCCCCAGGCAGCCUGGGGAAAGUGGUUGGCUCAGGGUUUGACAGAGGGAAGACAAAUAAAUACUGUAUUAAUAAGA